CUCUCUCUCUCUAUUUAUCUUUCUGUCCUCCUGUUCCUACUUCUCUAUCUCCCUAUAUUUCUCGGCUGUCCCCCUCCCUCCCUCCCUCCAGCCCUAUCCAGCCUCUCGCUCCUACCCAGCCCCUCCUCCGGUCCUACCCAGCCCCUCCUCCGGUCCUACCCAGCCACUCCCUCCAGUCCUAUCCAGCCCCUCCCUCCAGUCCUACCCAGCCCCUCCCUCCAGUCCUACCCAGCCCCUCCCUCCAGUCCUAUCCAGCCCCUCCCUCCAGUCCUACCCAGCCCCUCCUCCGGUCCUACCCAGCCACUCCCUCCAGUCCUAUCCAGCCCCUCCCUCCAGUCCUACCCAGCCCCUCCCUCCAGUCCUACCCAGCCCCUCCCUCCAGUCAUAUCCAGCCCCUCCAUCCAGUCCUAUCCAGCCCCUCCAUCCAGUCCUACCCAGCCCACCCAUCCAGUCCUACCCAGCCCCUCCCUCCAGUCCUAUCCAGCCCCUCCCUCCAGUCCUAUCCAGCCCAUCCCUCCAGUCCUAUCCAGCCCCUCCAUCCAGUCCUACCCAGCCCACCCAUCCAGUCCUACCCAGCCCACCCAUCCAGUCCUAUCCAGCCCCUCCCUCCAGUCCUACCCAGCCCACCCAUCCAGUCCUACCCAGCCCCUCCCUCCAGUCCUAUCCAGCCCCUCCCUCCAGUCCUAUCCAGCCCAUCCCUCCAGUCCUAUCCAGCCCCUCCAUCCAGUCCUACCCAGCCCACCCAUCCAGUCCUACCCAGCCCACCCAUCCAGUCCUAUCCAGCCCCUCCCUCCAGUCCUACCCAGCCCACCCAUCCAGUCCUACCCAGCCCCUCCCUCCAGUCCUAUCCAGCCCACCCAUCCAGUCCUACCCAGCCCACCCAUCCAGUCCUACCCAGCCCACCCAUCCAGUCCUACCCAGCCCACCCAUCCAGUCCUACCCAGCCCCUCCCUCCAGUCCUACCCAGCCCACCCAUCCAAUCCUACCCAGCCCACCCAUCCAGUCCUACCCAGCCCCUCCCUCCACUGACCUGUGCUUUUGUGAACGUUACUCUGUAACCCUUGUUGGUUGAAAGAUAUUUUGUCCAAUGUUAGUGACGCACAUGUGUAAUACCUUCCAAAAGAAAUCUGACCAUCUGUAUACUUAUUUUACCUGAUGCCUUGGUCAAAGUGUGUGUUCACUUGAGCUGACAAAGUGCUAAAGGAAUCAGCAGUUAUUUUCUUCACAGAGCAAAAACAACAUGUAAUAACUUAUUUUGUACUAUUGACCAAGCAGUGUUAAAAAGGCAACUUGUUACUGUGUCUACUCCAGAUGAAAACUACUGUAAAAUGUUUCAAUUUCUGUUAUUUCCUUUUGGUGGGGCAGAGUUUCCUCAGUAUUGGCAAUGUGCUGGCAUCAAAUUAUAUCGGUUUAUAUCUACAGUGUAAUGAGAUCCCAGCAAAGGACAUUCUAAAUGUUUUCUUGUUGCUUUAAUACUGGAACAAUUUAAGUGAAUAAAAGUUUUAAGAAAUAA